GGCCGGGGCCCGGAGCGGGCGGAAUGGAGCCCCCGCGCGCGCCCGCUCUGUGCCGCCUGCUGCCGCCUCUGUUGCUCCUGCUGCUGCCGCUGCCCCCCCGCGCCCGGGCCAAGUACGUGCGGGGCAACCUCAGCUCCAAGGAGGACUGGGUGUUCCUGACAAGAUUUUGCUUUCUUUCGGAUUACGGCCGACUGGACUUCCGUUUCCGAUACCCUGAGGCCAAGUGCUGUCAGAACAUCCUCCUCUAUUUCGACGACCCAUCCCAGUGGCCGGCUGUGUACAAGGCAGGGGACAAGGACUGCCUGGCCAAGGAGUCAGUGAUCAGGCCGGAGAACAACCAGGUCAUCAACCUCACCACCCAGUAUGCCUGGUCAGGCUGUCAGGUAGUGUCAGAGGAGGGAACCCGCUACCUGAGCUGCUCCAGUGGCCGAAGCUUCCGCUCAGUGCGUGAAAGGUGGUGGUACAUCGCACUCAGCAAGUGUGGGGGAGAUGGGCUGCAGUUGGAGUAUGAGAUGGUCCUCACCAACGGCAAGUCCUUCUGGACACGGCAUUUCUCAGCUGAUGAGUUUGGGAUCCUGGAGACAGAUGUGACUUUCCUCCUCAUCUUCCUCCUCAUCUUCUUCCUCUCCUGUUACUUUGGAUAUUUGCUGAAAGGUCGUCAGUUGCUCCACACUACUUAUAAAAUGUUCAUGGCUGCAGCAGGAGUGGAGGUCCUGAGCCUCCUGUUUUUCUGCAUCUACUGGGGCCAGUAUGCUACUGAUGGCAUUGGCAAUGAGAGCCUGAAGAUCUUGGCCAAGCUGCUCUUCUCCUCCAGCUUCCUCAUCUUCCUGCUGAUGCUCAUCCUUCUGGGGAAGGGAUUCACGGUGACACGGGGCCGCAUCAGCCACUCAGGCUCCGUGAAGUUGUCUGUCUACAUGACCCUCUACACUCUCACCCACGUGGUGCUGCUCAUUUACGAAGCCGAGUUCUUUGACCCAGGCCAGGUACUGUACACGUACGAGUCGCCGGCGGGCUAUGGGCUCAUUGGGCUGCAGGUGGCGGCUUACGUGUGGUUCUGCUAUGCUGUGCUCGUCUCCUUGCGCCACUUCCCGGAGAAGCAGCCCUUUUACGUGCCCUUCUUUGCUGCCUACACCCUCUGGUUCUUUGCCGUUCCUGUCAUGGCCCUGAUCGCCAACUUUGGGAUCCCCAAGUGGGCCCGGGAGAAGAUUGUCAAUGGCAUCCAGCUGGGGAUCCAUUUGUAUGCCCAUGGCGUGUUCCUGAUCAUGACACGCCCGUCGGCGGCCAACAAGAACUUCCCGUACCACGUGCGCACGUCGCAGAUCGCCUCAGCCGGGGCCCCGGGCCCCGGAGGGAGCCAAUCCACGGACAAGCCCUUCCCGCAGCACGUCUAUGGGAACGUGACGUUCAUCAGCGACUCGGUGCCCAACUUCACGGAGCUCUUCUCCAUCCCCCCGCCCGCCUCCUCCGCCGGGAAGCAGGUGGAGGAGACGGCGGUGGCGGCGGCGGUGGCCCCGAGGGGCCGUGUGGUGACCACGGCCGAGCCGGGCGCGGCCUCCCCGCCCCUUCCCGCUCGGUUCCCCAAGGCGGCCGACCCGAGCUGGGAUGGCCCGACGCCGCCCUACCAGCCGCUCGUGCCCCAGACGGCGGCGCCGCACACCGGCUUCACCGAAUACUUCAGCAUGCACACGGCCGGGGGCACCGCACCCCCGGUCUGAGCACCCUUGCCCACCCCCGCCCCAUGAGCCGCACGCCGGGCCCCGGCCGGGCUCCGGAUCCCCGCUCUAUCCCGGCCCCAGGGCUCUGCCAUCCCAGGCCUUCCCGACCCUCCCCACCCCGCGCGCCCAGCCCCUGCCCCGAGCGGCGCCGGAUUCUGGGCUCCCGCUGUUCCGAGACCUACGGCCC